AUGACCCCAUGUUUUCACUUCUCCAUAAACUGGGUCUGGUUUCUUGUCAUUGCACAGACAUUUAGAUGUGCUAGAUAAUCUUUCCUCUCCUCACCGGGAUUAACGACUGCUCUAUCUGGGUUACUAAUUUUAGGAUACAUGCUAUACUCGCUAUGGCUCCGUUGAAAAACAUCAUCAUCCUUUGUCAGCUUCUUCCAUUAGUAAGGACCAUAAAUACCAUCUUCUUCCCAUGUGACACUGACAACAAUACCACAUCAGUAGACUGCUCUGACAGACCACUCAAGCGUGUCCCGGCCAUCAAGUCAAACACUGUAGUGUCACUCAAUUUAAGUCUGACUAAGAUACAGCAAGUGGAACAACAUGCUUUAUCAGGUCUCCCAAACCUUCAUACUCUGAAAAUAAUGGGAAAUUGUCAACCAGGUAGCCUGAGACCUUUGGAGACCUCAUGCAAGAUGGAGAUCCACAAGUUUGCCUUCAAAACCUUAUUGAAGCUUCAAGUUUUAUAUCUGUCAGGAAACAGCCUCACCUCUAUACCCUGGUUGCCCAGAAGCCUGAGGGUUCUCGAUCUACAGAAUAAUAACAUCUUCCACAUUAUCAACCCUCUAGGAACUCCAUAUCUCAAAAGGCUCCAUCUCUCCAAGAAUUGCUUUUAUGCAAACCCAUGCAACCAGUCUUUUCACAUCAGCGAGAGGGUUUUCAGAGAACUCCCUAACCUCAAAAACCUUACCUUAGGAUAUAAUAACUUGACAGCCAUCCCUAAAGUGCUGCCACCCUCACUGGAGUUUCUGGAUUUAAGAGAGAAUACAAUCACGGAGAUUUUAGAAGGAGCUUUUGCCAGCCUGACUAACCUCACCAGUUUGAAUGUGGAGUGGAACUGCCAACGUUGUGACCAUGCAGCUAGGCCCUGUUUUCCUUGCCCAGGCAAUCUCCCUCUACAACUACAUCCAAACUCGUUCUAUGCCGAGAACAGCUCGAUCAAGUACUUAAGUUUGAGAGGAAACUCUUUGAGAACAUUUCCAAAGGGUCUUUUCCAACCUUUGAAGAAUUUACAGAGACUGGACCUCUCUGACAACCUUCUGGCAUAUGCUAUAAGAAAUGGCACCUUCUUUGCAGAGCUGAAGGGUCUAACUUGGAUUAGCCUGAUCUACAACUACGAACCACUGAAGACAUUUCAUGAACUGAUCCUCUCCCCACAAAUCGGAAAUAUUUCUGGUCUACAACAUCUUCUUCUGAGUGGUAACUUUUUCCACACACUUUCACUCAAAACACUCAAUGUUCUGUCAAAGCUUCAAAAUCUAAAGAAAUUAGAACUGAGAAUGAACUUCAUCAAUACUUGUAACUUGGAAGCUCUCAAAAAGAUACCGUCUCUGAUUAAUAUUGACCUCUCCCAAAACACCCUUAAUUUCCUUCAACGCUGUUCAUGUUUGUCAUCCGAGACUGUGGCACAGGAAAGCUGUCAGAACCAGAACUUGUAUACGCAUGAUUUUCCUGACCCACCCCUAAUCGAUCGAGAAGUCACAUCCGAAGGUCACGUCCAGGAGCCCAACCAAUUAGAUAGGCUGGAAAUGUUGAACAGGGAAGACAGUCUGUCACUGUCUCCAUCACUAUGGUACAAAUAUUGCCAGAAUAACCUAUCUUUUGACCUGUCUCAAAAUGACAUUAUGUCUCUUAACAAACACGUGUUUAUAGGGAUGGAAAAUGUUGUUUGUUUAGACCUUUCCUUCAACUACAUGAGCCAGGCAUUGAGGAAUGGAGUUUUUGAUAACAUGAAAAAUUUAGUUUUUCUUAAUUUGUCAUACAAUAGACUUGAUUUUUAUUAUAGAGAGGCUUUCAGUGAGCUUAACACCACUCUGAAGGUAUUAGACCUUAGUAACAAUGAGUUUCACUUCAAAAUGAGGGGCAUGGGCCAUCGAUUAGAGUUCAUUCAAAGUCUGACUAACUUGGAAGUCCUAAGUCUGGCAAACAAUGGUAUUGGGAUGCGAAUAGAUCAAAGGCUGAUCAGCAGCUCUUUAAAGUACCUCUACUUUUAUGGAAAUCACCUGGACAUUAUGUGGGAGUCUGACAACAACAAGUACACUCAUUUCUUCCAGAAUUUGACAAACCUUACCUACCUGGACAUCUCUAAUAAUGAACUGAGGUCUAUCUCACCAGAAGUGUUGUGUAACCUCCCGAGAAGCAUUGAGAGCCUCAUCAUCAGUAACAAUCUGCUGAACUAUUUCCCAUGGCAUAACAUUUCAGCACUCAACAAUUUACAUCACCUGGACCUCAGCCAAAACUUCCUCUCUUAUUUGCCUCAUAAAGUCAUAGAAUUUGGAGCACGUUUUUCUCUCCUGGACCUCAGUCACAACCGCCUUAUUCAUAUUCCUGAGGAUUUCUUCAGUAAGGUGAAAUCUUUGCAAUAUUUGUAUCUCAGCCAUAAUCAGAUCAAAGAGCUAGACCAUCAGUUUCUCCCUGCCCCGUUUAAAAAUGGAAGUGCCCUUAAGAAAGUCACCCUGCAUGCCAACCCCUUUAAAUGUGACUGUAAUACAUCUUGGUUUGCAGACUUUUUGCGUACCACUCCAGUAGAGAUUCCUUAUCUCACCACACACAUACAUUGUGAAUACCCAGAGUCCCAACAGGGUCAGAGUAUACUGUCAAUGGACCAGCGUUCCUGCCAGGACAUAUAUGGCAGCUUAGCCUGCUUUGUCUGUUCCUUCUUGGCUGUUGCAUUCACUGUUCUGCCACUACUGAAGCAUCUCUAUGGCUGGGAUCUAUGGUAUUGCUUACAGGUACUUUGGGCAGGACUCAAGGGUUACUCACAGCUGGCUGGUAGUGAUUCUAAUUAUCACUAUGAUGCCUUUGUGGUGUUUGACACCAGCAACCGGGCUGUGAGAGAUUGGGUCUACAAUGAACUGACUGCCAAUCUGGAGAACUCAGAUUACAGGCGGUUUUGUCUCUGUUUGGAAGAGAGGGACUGGAUUCCUGGGCUUUCAUGUAUCGAAAAUCUACAUAAUGCUGUGUACAGCAGUGUGAAGACAGUGUUUGUACUGUCCAGUGGUUCUACUGGCAGUGAGACAGUAAAUGGUGUGAUUCGCCAGGCUUUCUUCAUGGUUCAGCAGCGACUUCUGGAUGAGAAGGUGGAUGCAGCUGUGUUGAUUCUGUUGGAUGAGAUGUUUCCAAAACUGAAGUACCUUCAGCUGAGGAAAAGGUUGUGCAGAAAGUCUGUGUUGUCCUGGCCGAGAAACCCCAAGGCUCAACCCCUUUUCUGGAACCAAGUGAGAAUGGCAUUGUCAUCAGAUAAUCUCAACUUUUAUGACAACAACAUGAGUGAAAGUUUCAUAUGACUACCUUUUAAUGGCUAAUAGAGACACCUUUGGUGGUUCAGAAAGAAAGAAAGAAAGAAAGAAAGAAAAAACAUGUCAUUAAGAAUAUUUCCACCUUCCCAUAACCCCAGAAACAAUUAUAUAAAAAAAUCACAUGAUGAACAAUACUUGGUUGAUGUUUCUAAUAUGUAACAAUCUAACAAUCUAAAUGGAACACCAAUUUCAUGUAAAUAUUUUACUUUUCAGAAUUGUAUUCUGUUGUUUUUUAACCCUAACCCCCUCUUCACUGCUGCUUCUUCAAUUUUCUUUUUACUGAGUUAAUUUUUGCCAUUAAGUGAGCUUGUAGAAACAUGUUCUUAUUUUGGGUUGCAAAGUUAACUAAGACUGUGCAUGUACAAAGACACCGAGAUGUUGAUGUUGGGCUGUACAAAUAAACCUGAGUGGAUUCACAUGAGUAACUAGAGAAUUGCAUAAAGUAGCAAGCGUGUACAUAGAACAACUUCAUUCCCAAUCUCAAAAUUUCACUUCUCUUUGGUAAGUUGUGAGGAGGAAAUGAAACUGAUGAUUACUUCUUAUAGGUUACAUGUAACAAACACCUUCACCUGCUGCAUGCAAAGUAAAAAAGCCACCUGUGACUUCAUACAGUUUCCUCUUUAACAGUUUCACAAGUUGAAGAUGAAAACUUGGGACCGCUCUCUCAUGUGGCGACACCAAUUUACUAACAUGUCAGAAAACAAGGACACUUUUAUAAAGUCAUUGUGCUGGCUGCUGGACAGAAGAGCAACAACACAUUCAUUUAACAACCAGAUCUGCUGUGGGGUUGUUGUGUGAUGCACAUAUUUUAUCCUGUGGGCUGGGAUUACAAAAUUUCAACUUUUUUUCCCCUCGUGGCCAGGGAAUUCCAUCUGACAGCACUUCUUCUCUAAAAAAAAAGAAAGCUUCGACACAAUAGUAGUUAUUCUUAGUCAUUUUCAGAAUGAGUUAUGUUGAGUGGAUGAACAGAGAACUGAACACCUGCAGCAUCCUUCUCAAAAGGUCUACAGUUUUUUUUUCUUUUUUUAUCAUAUUUUGAAGUAGUUGUUGCUUUUAAUAUCCAAUCACGUGUUGUAAUUUUAAGAUACAUCUCUUGUCUGUGCAUGUAGUAUAAUAGACAAACUCACCUUCAUGGGAUUAAAUUACUUAUUCAUGUUUCACAUUUGUUCUUUUAUU